AUGAUUUCAUACAGACUAUCCAAGAAUGGAAUAGGAGUACUGAAUGUCACAAAAGUUGCUGAUCAAUACACAUUUGGUUUUCCUUGUAAAGAUUCUGAUUUAGAUUGUUCUCCUUAUACAGUUGAUCUCAACCCAGGAUCAUAUCGAAUUGAAUCAUGGGGUUCGGUUGGAGUUCAUCAAGAGCCGAGUGAAAAUGCACUUCUAAGAGGUGGAACUCCAGGAUUGGGCGGAUAUACCUCUGGAGUUUUAAAUUUGAAUAAACAGUAG